AUGCCCAAAUUGGCGUCUCUUGGGUUUCGUGAAGCUAUAUUCGAAUUUGUCUUUACACGAAGAAUACAAGCAGGGACUAAUUGCCUCACCUGCCGACUAGAUCUAGGCCAAGAGUCAAUGGAUGAACCGAAUCGAACAGUGUCUGAGCAAAUAAAUACAUAUGAUCAAUCAACAUUUUAUCAAACUAAGCCAUCAAUGAACCAACCAAUCCAAAUGCAACAACCAAAUCAAAUAUAUGGUUAUUCAAUGGGGCAACAAAUGUAUGGACAACAACAAAUGCUUUUUCAACCGAUGUAUGGUCAAUCAAUACUUGGUCCAGCACCCCAAAUGUUAACUCAGUCAGCUGAAGGGUAUCCGUCAAUACCAAGGAUACAAACAGACAAUUUUACAAACGCAUCAAGGGAACAGUAUUCUCCAACUGGAAUUUACGAUGAUAACGAUAGUAAAUCAGAUGAUGGUUCUAGAGAUUCAGACUCUUCAGAUGUGUUAGAAAACCAGAAAAGGCGCCAAAGUGCCUUCGAAAGAUUGGGGCCACAGACUAAACAAACUAAACCCAAGUUGACCAUCAAUUUGUGUCUCGAUAAAGACCAACCUAUCAGAGAAGUAGUAUCAAAGCAAGUUCCCGUAUAUGAACGAGAUGAGAUAAUGACCAGUACGGACCCAACUGUUGUGAAGUUCAGAUAUCUCUGGCCUUGGAAGAACACUAUACAGCUUAAGCGGAGUGUCACAGCACGAUCUUCGAAGGUGGUGGGAUUUCCGCCAUCAUGGACUAAAGAAAAUGUCUUGGACGCGAUUUUAGAAGAUCUCAAAGAAAAAAGUUUUAUUCCCUGUUUUAUUGAGUUCAACUCAAGAAAUUGCAAAUUCCUAGUCAACAGAUGUCGUUCGGCAUUACUGGCUCUGCAUUGGCAAGGUUUUUCUAUUCGUAAAGACGACGUCGAACUGAUGAUAACCAUAUCGGUGACGACAUUGAAUACGAAAGUGUUGGAAUACAUCCCCCGUUUGGUGAUUAGGAAUAGGCUGAUUUGCGGCUACGACGGCCAAAAGGUUGAUUUGAGCGAGUUCACGUUGAAAAGUGAUAUAAGUAACUUUAUAUAUUUCCCAUUAAAUCGUCCAACGAACCAAGCUGAGUUAAUAGACCUUAUACAAGGUUGCGAUUGGGAGAAUCUGGACCAGCUGGACUUAUCGCACAAUCGCCUUACAUCCAUACAGGAUUUUGACCUCGUAUCAAAAUUACCAAAAUUGCUACACUUAGACCUCUCAUAUAACUUACUGGAUAAUAUUCAAUCAGUGUUGCCAUUGCGAGGUUUAAUGUUGCAAUCGUUAUCGCUGGAAGGAAAUCCAUUAUGUUUGAAUUAUGUGGACGGAGAUUAUUAUAUAAAAGUUUUUAGGACACUGUUCCCGUGUUUGAGAAAAUUGGAAACACAAACUCUACUCCGAAUUAAUGGUAUUGUUAGUACAAGCACCGAGUCGUUGGCUGAUGAUGAGAAGGUCUUAGCGUUCACAAGAACUGUCCUACUUGUAUGCGAGGACGGGAUUGAGUACAAGAUCUAUAAUGAGAUGCUGUAUUGGGAUGAAGCUACAAAGGAAUGUGCCGCAAACGCCUUCAGAGUUGCCAUUGUGAGUAUUAUCUCAAAAACAAUCGCUCAAGUACAAAUUUUUAUUGAAGUCCGUGUAACAAUAAUAUUUUUACCGUGCAUAGAUACUAUAAAAAAAAACGAAAAUUAA